AUUGUCGAUCGAUAGAUGGCGCUAAUUCGACAGUUACAGUUACAACCACAUUAGAGGAGAAGAAGACCACCACCAAGACCAACAACAACAACAUGUGGAUGUUUGUCUGUUGAAAUUAAUCUGUACAAAACCUAAAGGUGACGAGAAGAAAAGAAUAAAGCGAUCAGCUUCAUCAUGCCUAUAAUAGCCAAACAAUGUGGGAUUAAGUUUGAUCCACCUUCGGUUGUUUUGAUAUAUGAAAACGAACAUACAAACAAGUUGCGGAAAAGAGUGAUGCCAGUGAGGAGCUUUUCACAGUUCUCAGACUGCAGCAGGGCUGCAGAGACUAAGCAUCAUCCCCGUCAUGGACGUUACCUGGACUCGGUGUCUCUGGAGCAGCUGGUGAGGUUACACACAGUGCUCCGGGAUCACCUGCGAGGUCUCAGUGUGGAGGCGAGUCUGAGAGAACAGCAUCGCGCUCAAGCACACGAGGAGGAUCUCAACAAGCUCGGCGACGAAGAGCUGAACCGCUGCAAAGCGCAGAUGGACGUUCUGUUCGAGGUUAACCGGCGCCACAAGGAUGACCCGGACUUUGUGUACGACCUCGAGGUGGAGUUUCCUGAAAACAGCGUACGGGAAACCUGCAGCUGGGACCAAUCAGAUGAAGAGUUUUGAUGGGCAGAUAGUGUUGCAGCCUCACAGCUCCUUAACCACCAGGUUGCAUCCUGAUCGCAAUGUGUGAAAUCAUGAAUGAGAAGUUGUAUCACUUAUAUAAUGCUAAACACACAAUAUUGCCAAAAGUUCGCAGACACCUGGCCAUAAAUUUGGCAUGUAACAUUUGCUCUAAUAAUUCCCUCCACUCUUCUGUGAAGAUGUUCCACUAGAUGUUGGGAGUGUGAUUGUGGACAUUUCUCUUCAUCAGCCACAAGAGUGUUAGUCAAGUCAGGUACUGAUGGAGGUGAGGUGAGGAGGCCUGAAGUGCAGUCAGUGAUCACAUUCAUCUCAAAAGGUGUUCAGGGUUGAGAUCAGAGCUCUAUAGCGGGUCACUCAAGAUCUUGUAAACCAGAUCUUCAUGGAGCUCACUUUGCACACAAGAGCAUUGUCAUUGGGGUUCCAAGUUCAAGUGAACACAAAAUGUUAUUAUAGCGCAUCCAAAGACAUUCUAUACGAUUGUGUGCCUCCAGCUUUGUGGUAACAGUUUGGAGAAGAACCACAUAUGGCAGAAAAGGUCAGGUGUCCCAAUACUUUUGUCCGUAUAGUGUGCCUUUUUAUAAUCUUUUUAAAAACAUGCAUUAUAAUACAUUCCACAUAUCAACGUUGUAUAUCUGAACUAAUAAUCACAGAGGGAUUAAAACAAAUGAUUUGAUUCUCA